UUUCUAGUGUUGUGUAAUGUCACUUUCCUUUCAAAUUCCACAAAAAUAAUUCUCUUAAUUUCACUCUCUCUCUCUCUCACAGUUGCCAUGGAAUUUAAAUUCCGAGCCGUCGACGGUAGACCGCCGGCAUGUUUCGCACAGCCUUCGUCCUCUACUGUCAGUUACUUUUCCCAGCAUUCACUCCAAGAGGACUAUCCAUUAAUGCAUCCUGAUCCUGACCUAAUGGGAAUCGAGGAGAUGAAUCGCGAGAUUGAGAAGGAGAGAAUAAGAGAAGAGAUACUCCACGAGGAAAAGAUGCGACGUCGUUGUAUUCUAGAAGCUGAAGUAAGGAGAGAACUGAUGAUUGAGAGAGGACUCGGAGCUUUAUCUUUUGAUAAUAGGAUUGUAAUGCGGUUUGAACCUACUAGACCGUCACCGUUCCAUGUCAUCAACCAAUUUGAUCGUCGCAGCUGGCUCAACGACGGCCGACCGGCAUUUCCUAGCACUGAGUUAUCACAGCAGCCGCUGCAGCGGUUACCCCAAGGUCCGCGGAUUGUUUCUGAUGUCACACCUGACAAUAACAAGAGUAAAUUGAUUGUUUUGGGUAAGCCUGAUCCAAAUCUUUUUGGAUUAAAGCGGAAGGCUGUAACACCGCCAGGAGGAGAUGCGGUUGAGAUACCUUAUUCUUGUUCAAAGAAGCCUAGGGAAGAGUGGAGUUGCGCUCUUUGUCAGGUUAGCGCUUCAUGCGAACAAGGUCUGAAGGACCAUCUUCUUGGCAAGAAACAUAAGGCUAAAGAAGUUAAACUGAGAGCAAAUAAUGCGGCCAAAACCCCCCCGUUGCCAAACAAAAGUAUGGAGAAAGCUAACCUCGCAAUUGCGGAGCCGCAAAUUAAUGAGAAAUCAGUUCAAGGUGUUACAAAUAGAAAACUGAAGAAGAAAAAUGCGGUGAAGAAAAGUAUCAAAGGGAAGAGGAAGGGAGAGUUGAAGACAAAUAAAAAUUGGAAAUUCUGGUGUGGUAUAUGUAUGAUAGGAACUUACUCUGAAGUAGUAAUGGGUGAUCAUAAAAAGGGUAAGAAGCAUUUAACUCAACUCCAGAAACUUAAUCAAAAUGCCGAACCUGUUUCGACCAUCACGGUAGUGGGGGCAUCGUCAUCUGCAGCUGUGGAGGAGGCAAAGAAUGAGGAAGCUGUGGGUAAAGAAGCAGAUGAGAAGAUGAUGGAAAGUGUCUCAAACAAUGAGAAAAUAACAGAAAUCGUUGCUUAUAAUGAUAAGACCGGCAUUUGCAUUGUAGAUUUAGAUGAAACAGUUGGAGAUUCUAUGGUAAGCUAAUCAAUGAAGAUGAGGAGUCGUUCCUGGUGCCUGAUGAAGGUACCUGUAGUCUAGAUGUUGAAUUUCAAUAUCUCAGCUGUUUGUGAACUUUUAAGCUUCCAAAUUUCCGAUCAGACAUUAUUGUAAAAUCCACCAGAACCAAUUUCGCUUUGGAAACUGGAUGCAUAAUUGUCAAAAUGUUUUCAUGUGCCUCUCUAUAGUUGAAUCAUUCUUCUUGA